ACCAUGGCUCACAUCAGCAAGUUCAUCGCUUCUACAUUCGAGAGCCCAGCCAACUGAGUUCUUGACUAGCUGUGUAUAGGGUUGGGGUGAAUAAUGGGAAAAAGGAACGUACGGAUCAAGUUCGCACACUCCAUUGGUCCGCCGAUUGACUCGAGCACGUUGGGUGCGACCGCGUAGCCCCAGCCCGCGCCUGCACCCACACCCAACUCUCAGUUACCGACGCUCUAGCGACUGCCAAUUAAGUACAAGUCAUACCGGGUUAUAUUUCACUUAUUUAAACUUAGAUAUAUUUAUUGUAGUACAAAGACAAGUCGAACGACCACUAUAAGAGUUUGCUUAAUGUAGCAAGACAAGAGAGCCGAGUAGACGUCCUCGGUCGAAUAAUUGAAACGGUAGUCAUGACGGCCACUGCCCCAGAACUGUCAAAAUCAGAUUUCUUUGAUUUUGUGACGUCAAAUGAGGUUACUGAUGCUCAAUAUAAGCAGCAGAUGCGAUCUGUGAAUGUGUUCAUGGAAUCGCCUGAUUCGAGAUCGAACCCGUUGCUCUCAGAAGAGCCCAAGGAACAGAAUAACAACAGUUUAUUGAGCGUCAGCACAACGCCGCCGGCCGCAGCCAACAGUAUGGCGAUGGCCACCACUUCCACUACUUUACAGAGUUUUGACUCUAUUUGGAAUGUAGACCGAGACCGUGAUCGGUUAGAUACCACUAUGCUAGAAGAUCUCAACAAGUUUUAUUGGAAUCAAGAUAGCGAAAUCAAUGGGACUCACCCUUGUACCGAUACCGCUAUUUCAAACAAAUUAAUUAGUAACACGGACGGUCAAAUCUACACGCUCACGGUCCUCAAUCAGGACAUCCAUGAAACAAGUACUAAUCGUUAUAAUACUCAAUACGAAGAGGCUUCUAUGUCAAGUCCAGCAGAUAUGGAACAACCAUCAUCUCUGGAUCUUGAAUCAAUUUUAAACAUGAAUGGAUUUUCAAAUGACUUUAAUCCUGAUCUCCCAAAAGUAAGUGAUUUUACAUAUGAAGAUGGUGAUUCAGAAAGUCAAACUGCUGAAAUGAGUUCGAGUAGUUUGGUUAAAGUUGAACCUUAUACAUAUGAAGACAACGAAUUCCAGUCCAAUGAUAAAAAAGAGGAAAGUUUAAGUCCUAUUGUAGGUAAUACGGCUAUUUUAGAGACGCAAGGUGAAUUCAAUAACAACAAUGAUUGGAAAUUAACAAAUCAAAAUACGGAAUCAACUGAAUCAUUGUUAAGAAGUGCGCUGCAAGGAAAAACAUUUAUCAGGUACAGCGCAUUACAGAAAAAUACUAUUAAACUUGAAGGUAAUACCGAAUUAAAAAGGGUAAUUAUAAACAACAAUAACAAAUCAGAUAUACCUUCUAUGUAUCAGGAUAACAAAUCGAAUGAUGCAGAAGUACGUAUGAUGGCAAUGCCGAGUGGAAAUUUGAACAUUUCUAUUCUUUUUGAAAAUCCGAAUACAACGGUUAUCACAAACGGAGAAAACCCGACGUCCACUCAAAGUGUUGAUGAUAUUUUACUGUCGACGCUGGAUAAUAAUUAUCCAGAGGAUUAUGAAAAAUUGAAACGAAUAGCCACAGAACUUGGUGAAUCAAUGCAGCCUUUUUAUACAGUAGAGCCUAUAGAUCCCACUAGAAAUGUGUAUAAUAUACAUCAUGGGGAAUUAGUGACCAUUCCCGCCAGUGAAGUACAACUAAACCCGCACUUGCAAAUAGUGACUGCUUCGCCAACUAUAACGAGUACCAAACCAGGGAACAAAAAGCAUAGAAGACCACAGAACAAAAACCCAUCACCAGCGGCGCAGUCACAAUCCGGCACGGCUAUACAAGCCGCUACAUCUACAUCGAAUGGCGUCAGAAAAGAAAGAUCUCUCCAUUACUGUCAAAUUUGUUCGAAAGGAUUUAAAGAUAAGUACUCAGUGAACGUACACGUAAGGACACAUACGGGAGAAAAACCGUUUUCGUGUUCUCUAUGUGGCAAAAGUUUCAGGCAGAAAGCCCAUCUCGCGAAACAUUACCAGACGCACAUAGCGCAGAAGAGCGCCGCCGCCAACGGCGCCGUCAAGCCCAGCAAGCAGAGGUAACCGCACCCGCCACAGUCUCACUCUCGGUCAUUCACAUUGAUAGUCAAUUGAACUUUGUCACGGUGAUAAACAAACGUAUUUUUAUAAUCGAAUACCUAAAGGCUGAAAUAUCACAGAUGAAUUUGGUAAGGUGCUAAUUAAUGUAGUAGUUUAGAAAAUUAAGACAGUUUAAAAGAGAAUUUAAAGGUUCAUGGCCGUUUAUCAUAAUUGUUAAUUUGUGUGUAAAAUCCGCCCG